AUGGCCCACGUCGAGCCGGCGCCCGCAACCUCGCGCAUCGAGCUGCCGCUGGAGCUCAAGCUCCCGCACCCGUGGCUCACCUCGUACACCAUCGCAGUCGCCGGCCACGACGACAGCAUCGAGCAGCUGCACAUCCAGCCCACCGCGUCGACCGACCAGAGCAGCAGACCGGACAGUGGCCGCCCGCUGCCGCAGACGCUGCACAAGGCCGACCUGACAUGGUCGCAGCUCCAGCAUGACGACACCAGCGACCUCGCCGACGGCAACAAUAGCUCGUGGGCGCGCGCCCGCCGCACACCCUUCACCACCCUGCGCUGGACCGGCCUCCAGCGGCCAACCGUUGGCCAGGCGUGGCUGGUGGCCUACGCCCUGUUGACAUUACACCAUAAGCGUGAGAGCAUCCGCCUCAUCCUGUCCGGCUCCGGCUGGCAGGACCUCGCCCGCGAGCUGAGCCGCGUCGGACUGGUAGUCGAGCACCCGCGCGCGGGCGAGUUUCCGCCGCCCCCGGCGCAGUACCUCCUCUUUGCUGGCGCCUUCUGGCAGGGUGCUGGCUCGCCCGUCGGCUCACGGCCCAUCUGGCUGGGGGACGCAGCACUCGAAAUCGAGGCGCACUUCCCGCCUGUGCCCUUCCAGCAGGCGCCCGUCACCGUGUCGUUUGCAGAGGCGCCGCGGCACACGCAGAGCAUCGUCCGCCCCGCGAAGCCGACGCCGGGCAGCGUCUUGUACAGCCGGUACAUCCCGCACCUCGGCGAGCACUUCAGCAUGGUGGCGCUGGACUACACGAACGCAGACCACCUCGACUACUUCCACGCGUGGCAGAACGACCCGCGCGUGGCCAAGGGCUGGAACGAGACGGGCACGCUGGACCAGCACCGCGAGUACCUGCGCCGGAUGCACAACGACCCUCACACCUUCACCAUCCUCGCCCGCUUCGACGACGUCUUCUUCGCCUACUACGAGGUCUACUGGGCCAAGGAGGACCACAUGGGCGCCCACUACCCCGCCGGCGACUACGACCGCGGCCGCCACUCGCUGGUCGGCGACACGCGCUUCCGCGGCCCGCACCGCGUGAGCGCCUGGUGGAGCGGCAUCAUGCACUACAUGUUCCUCGACGACCCGCGCACCAUGCAGCUCGUCGGCGAGCCCAAGUACGUCAACAGCACCGUGCUGGCCUACGACUUUGCCCACGGCUUCCACGUCAUGCGCUUGGUCGAUCUGCCGCACAAGCGCAGCGCCUUCGUGGCCUGCAGCCGCGAGAAGUUCUUCCAGCUGUGCCCCCUGACGUGGGACGGGGAAGAGAUUGUGCCACCGAGCUUGGAUCGGUUGGCGAGGCUGUGA